GAUAACUCACAACUCACAACUCACUUUGGAUUUUACGACUCCUGUCAACCAAUUCAUCACCACUAGAGCGGCGACCCCCACGGGCGCGCUGGCCAGAAACUCGCAUUGAUAUCUACUGUCAGAAGAUGCUAUCAUGAGCGCGUCACAAGUCAUCUCUUCGUCUUCGACUCAAUCUGAACUCUUCAACUUCGACCAUCCCCUCAGUCCUGAAAGCGUCAGCGGUCAUUCGUCUGACUCUGAUAGCUCUUCAGGAUCAGACAACAGCUCCUCAUCGCAUUCACAUUCGCAUCACUCCCCGAUCUCAACUGCUAGCCAUCACAGCCAGAAUCAUCAUAAUGUCGCGUAUCCGUCGGCGGAACAGCAGCAGCAAGGACAGCCGGUUACCAGGGCGACUCCUACCAACAACACCUUGCCUGAGAGGCCACUGGUACCGACCUGCCCGGCUGAUUGGGAGGCGAAGAAGGAUAUCAUCUACGAUCUGUAUAUGAAUAAGAACUUUAUACUGAACGAUGUGGUCGAGAUCAUGCUGUCGACUCAUCGGUUCAAGGCCACGGCAAGAAUGUACAAAGGCCAAUUCGCCAAAUGGCGAUGGGCAAAGUACAACAAGUCGGGCAACACGAACGCGACGAAGCCGACCAAGUCUCGAUCCAUGCGAAGAAAAGGAGUAACCUCGUCGGGCUCAGGAAGCCAUAGCAGCCACGGCCACGUUUCAAAGCCAGGAUGCCAGUCGAACUUCAUCUCGCAACCAGCCCAGAUGAUACGUCUCUACUUCCAGAGCGAGCCAACCUACCUCGUCGAGUCGACUCUACUGGCUUACGCCUCUUACAUUGCCCGCUGGGCCGACCCCGAAAGAGAGACUCCGUGGAAGAUGAACGGUCCAAGACCGCGGUUACAUAUCGCUAGCGGCGAAAUCAACGCCGAUGACCACGCCACCAUGUCGUCGAACUCGAUCCUGCAGAACAUUGCUCUAGCGAUCCGCCAUCUCCGAUGCAACAAUCCCCAAGGAACAACCAAAGGCGGCGCCCUCCUGCGGUACGCCUUUCUCCAGAUCGAAGAAGCCAUUACCUCUGCCGACGAAGGCGACAUUCAAGCAAUCUGGGACUGCUGUCUCGCCGUCCCCCAACUCCUCAUCCUCCACAACGCCUCCUCCACCCCCUCUCCCACCCACCCCAGCACCAAACCACCUCAGCCACAACCCCACCAACCCCCCUACGACAUCCUCCCCAUCUACAUCCGCUUCCUCCACCACCUCACCACCCUCAAAUACGCCCAAACAGGCUGCACCUCCCACCCCCUACACCAAAUCUCUUCCUCGCUGCAUCACCUCGUCACCACAUCCGAUUUUCCUUCCCUGCACCUCUUCAUCACCCGCGCCUGGAAGUUGUGGAUAAACACCUGUCGCCAACUGCGAGGAGAGACGGACCAUGUGACUAUCCACCUCAAGAGGGGCUACGUGAUCCUCAUGGACCCUGAACAUGCCAUCGUCAAGAACUUGGUGAGCGACUUUGGAGGAUUGGUGAGGAGGGAGAUGGAGCGGUGGGGGGAGGGGAAGACGACCGAGCGGAUAUUAGAGCUGGAGGGACUUUUGGGGAGGAUGUAUUUGCCGCUUUUUGAUGCUGGUGUUGUUGUUGGUCCUGGGGCUGGGGCGGGGAGUGGGACAGGGACAGGAACAGGGGCUGGGCAAAGGGCGAGAGGAAUGUUGGGGGGGUUGGUGGAACGGUUGGAGGAGAAAUAUCGGGUUAGGAAUCGGGGGGUAAUGGGAGCCGGAGUGGGAAGUAUUGUCAGCAUCGGCAGCGUCAACAGCAACGGUAUCAACAACGUAACCAGCGCACCCAGACCGCACGCUCUCGCCCCAGGACCAGGACAAGGACAACCCCAAGGACCCCCAAUCCCCAUGCAAAACUGGGAUUACCUGGACCGCUACCUCUUCUUCUCGGCGCACCACUUCCUCGCCUCCAUCGCCGAUCACGAAGGGGACGUUUCCACCGCCGUCGCAUUACGGAGAAAGAUCCUGCUUAUGAACGGCGGCGGGAUACCGGGCGUGCAUACAACAACCUCUACCAUUCCUGGACUCGGCAUGGGCAUGGGCAUGGCUGGUAUGGGAAUGGGAAUGGGUGUGGGCAUCGGCAUGGGAGUGGGUGGAAUGACGGUAGCAGCAGGACUAGGAACAACAGGAAGAGGUGGAAAGGAUCAGUUCUGGGUGCAAACAGCCCGCAAAAUCGAGGCGUAUUUGAGGGGGGUGCAGAGGUGGGAGGAGGCGGAGGAGGUUAGGGGGUUGUUGAGGGAUAGGGAACGGGAGGUGGAGAGGGAGAUGGAGAGGGGAAUUGGAUUGGAACAGGGGCGGGAUUUGGGGCGGGAUUUGGGGCGGGAUUUGGGGAUGCAAGUGAUGGCUAGGAGUGGGAGUGGGAGUGGGAAUGGGAAUGGGAGUGCGGUUGCGGUACCUCUACUAACUACCCCUGGCCUGAACAUGGGAGGAGGGAGGAGUAUGAGUGUGCCUGCUGUGCCCUUUGUGCCUUAUGGAGUGAGGAGUUUGGGGACUGCACAUGGUGGCCGUCGGUCGUAUGUCCCUGUUGAGCCCGGGAUUAAUACUGGUUUUGAUCGACUCCCGCCGAUUCCGAUACCUCGUUCUGUCCCGGUUCAACAAGAUAUCCAUGGCGGCAACAGAGGAGGGUUUGUGGUCGAUGAGAGUCUGGCAGCAGACGAAGGGUUCGACGAAUUCCAUCAGUUCGAGAGGGCAGCAUUGGACCUGAAUAGUGCCAGUGGAAGUAGCAGUGGGAACAGCAGUGCUGGUGGAAGCGGCGGCGGCGGUUCUGACUUUCACCAUAGAAGGAAUGAUGACAGGUAUGAGGAUCGUUGGGGCAGGUGGCAUGAGGUUAUGGCUUUGUGAGCUUGGAAGCUUGCAAGAAGGAAGUGGGCGAUGGUGAUAAUGAGUGUGAGGGAAGGGAUGCCCUGGCAACAUCUGGACUCAAGGAGGAAGGAACACCGUGGUAAAGUUGUCGCACGGUUUACAUGGAAGGAUUAUGGACUGACUGGUUUGCAUU